AUGGAUAACCAGUUUUCUUCCUUUGGGAGUGCUCUAACUCCUCAGCCACAGUUGCAGACCCCGCUUCUGUCUCCUGCCAUGGCUUUUAACCCAGUGCUUCCUCCAUCUGCUGCAAGCUUGUACCCUGCGACCCCAAACCCUGGGGGUCCAAUGACUCCAUACUCACCAGCUACCCCUGCAUCAGAAGGCUCUGGAAUUAGACCGCAGUUACAGAAUAUUGUGUGUACAGUGAAUCUCAGUUGUAAGCUGGAUCUGAAGACAAUAGCUCUACGGGCAAGAAAUGCUGAAUACAACCCCAAACGUUUUGCUGCGGUUAUUAUGAGGAUCAGAGAUCCGCGCACCACCGCGCUGAUAUUUAGCUCCGGGAAGAUGGUGUGCACUGGUGCUAAAAGUGAGGACCUUGCUAAGCUUGCUGCCAGAAAAUAUGCCAGAAUUGUACAAAAGCUGGGGUUUCCUGCCAAAUUUCUGGACUUCAAGAUACAAAACAUGGUUGGCAGCUGUGACGUUAAGUUCCCCAUCCGGUUAGAAGGUUUAGUCCUGACACAUGGCCAGUUCUCCAGCUAUGAACCAGAGCUGUUUCCUGGACUGAUAUAUCGCAUGGUGAAGCCUAGAAUUGUCCUUCUUAUCUUUGUCUCUGGGAAAGUUGUCUUGACGGGUGCCAAAGUGAGGGCGGAAAUUUAUGAAGCAUUUGAAAACAUUUAUCCAAUUUUAAAAGGUUUUCGGAAGCAGUGA